AUGGCCGCCAACGGCGAGCCUGCCACCCCCAGGCAUCCACAAGACGACGACGAACGGACACGAGACGACGAACCCGCGAGCGAGACAUCGCCUCUGCUCCCGCCGAAUCAGGCCGAAAACAAUGACCAGAGCCAGCCACCGCGAGGCGCAGCUGCGACAUUACUGCGCUCUCUAUCCCAUUCGAAAGGAGGCAAGAGGCGAUGGCCCAGCUUAAUAGCGUUGCUGCUGCUAUGCAUCGUCGCAGUCCUCAUAAUCGUGUUCGCAUUCGUCGCUCCGAGCGCAGUGGAGUCAUACGCUCAGCAGGCGGUCGUCUUCGAGCCCACAAGCCUGUCAAUAGACUCGUUCCUGGACGAUGGAGUACGAGCGAGAGUCCAGGGAGACUUCAAGAUGGACUCGAGCAGGGUGGAGAAGAAAUCGGUACGAGAUCUCGGCAAGCUCUGUACGUGGAUCGCAAGCGAGGUUGAGACAGGCACGAGUGAGAUGGAGGUCUCGCUGCCAGAAUAUGGGAACGUCGUGCUGGGCACGGCGCAAAUACCGCCGAUCAAAGUCUCGAUCCGGGAUGGGCAUGCUACCAAGGUCGACUUUUUGAGCGACCUACAGCCCGGCGAUGUCGAUGGAAUUAGGAGGAUCGCCAAUGACUGGAUGGACGGCCGGCUGGGCCAGCUGCGAGUGGUCGGCAAGGCGCAGGUUCCUCUCAAGAGCGGCAUCAUAAGUUUGGGCAAGCAGAUGGUGCAGCAGGAAAUGCUGUUUGCCAACGAUGACAUCCCAUCGAUGCCUGGAUACAAGAUCAAGAAACUCAACGUCCGCGAAGUCGAUAUUCCCAGCGGCAAGGGCAUGGCAGCAGAUGUCUCACUCAAAGUCGAGAACGAGUACCCUGUUGAGUUCACCGUGCCUCCGCUUGGGUUUGGCAUUCUGGUGGACAACUGCGAGAAAAGCGACGACUUGAUCAUGGUUGCUGAUGCUCUGACGCAAGAGAUUGCAAUCUUGCCCAAGGCGGACGUCGAGGUCAACGUGACUGGAACCGUUCGCCACUUGCCUUCCGUCCUCACACAGGCAUGCCCAGGAAGCACGAAGUCGCCUUUGGACAUCCUCCUCGGCAGAUACAUCCACGGCGAGGAGAACACAGUCUACGUGAGAGGCUCAGACGCACCGUCACUGGAUACCCCUCGCUGGGUGUCUGACCUCAUGGCCGACAUUACCGUACCAGUCCCUCUCCCGGGUCGAACAUUUGGCCAUCUCGUUCGGAACUUCUCCCUCACCAAUACGCAUUUCAGCCUGCCAGACCCACUGGCAGAGCCUGGCACGCCCGAAGGCAAUCCUCGCAUCAGCGCAAACGUUCGCGCGAUUGUUGCAUUGCCUGAGGAGAUGAACUUCAACAUCUCUGUCGGCAAAGUCAGGGCCGAUGCUGAUGUGUUCUAUAAGGGCAAGAAGCUUGGUCGACUAGACUUGAGCAAAUGGCAAGAUGCAAACAGUACUCGUAUCGACUCGACCCCCGAGGAAGGUCCUGCCCUAGCGGUAGAGAGUGAAGUGAAGGACGCACCACUAGAAAUUCAAGAUGAGGAUGUCUUCACAGACGUGAUUCAAGAAUUGAUCUUUGGCAAAAGGACUGUCAUCAUGAAGAUCCAGGCCGAAGUGGACGCGGGAGUAGAGACGGCGUUGGGAGAGUUUGCCAUCAACAGAAUACCCGCAGACGGCCAAGUGCCGAUCAAGCCGAUUUCACGACCCCAUGAACCCGGCAAAAAGCCAACCGACCCUCCUUCAAAACUCCCCAGCAACAUCACCAACGGCGUCAACCCCAAGCUCGUCGACCUGAGCAUCCUCAACACCACAGAAACCUCUCUCCUCAUCGGCGGCAAAGUCAACAUCACCAACCCCACCGCCUACUCCGCGACAAUCCCCUACGUCGACAUCCACAUCAUGAAGAACGGCUCCCUCCUCGGCCACGCCACCGCCUACAACCUCUCCAUCCACCCCGGAAACAACAGCUACCUCUCCGUCGAAGCGACCUACGACCCCCUCACCCUCGGCGGCCCCAAAGCCAAAGCCAUCGGCCGCGAACUCAUCAGCCAGUACAUCUCCGGGUGGAACACGACCAUCACGCUCCAGAUGCAUGAGGAAUCGUUCCCGGGAAACCCGACCCUCGGCCGCGCGCUCUCGAAGUUCCCUGUCGAAGUCGCGGCGCCGCAUCUUAGCGCGCCAAAACGGCCUGAUGAUGGUGAUGAUGAUGAGGAUCCUGAUGACGAAGAUGACAAAGCGACGCACUUUAUCAAGGACGCGACUAUGCAUCUUCUAACUUCCACCGCCUCCUUCACCCUCCUCUCGCCCCUGCACCACUCAACUCUCUACAUCACUCACCUCAACGCCACGGCAAUCUAUCACUCCGACGACGUCGGCCUGAUCCUCUACGACGAGCCUUUCGGCGUGCCCCCCGUGGAGGAGACGCCUGGGGGCGAGGGAUUCGAGACGCCGCGGUUGCCGGUAGAGUGGAGUCUGGGGAGUGUCGGGUAUGGGGCUGUUAAGAGGGCUUUAGGGGGGACGUUAAGAUUGGCGGCGAGGGCGGAGGUUGGUGUUAGGCUGGGACGGUGGAGGGAGGAGAUUUGGUUCAGGGGCGGGGGUUUGGGGGUUAGGAUUCGGUUGUGA